CGAUGUGAGCGGCAACAGCCUGUACGGGCGCAUCAACCGCAAUUUCAAGAGCAUGGUGGCUGACGGGGAAGCGCUCAUCAACUUGGCUCACAACUUCUUCUUUGGAGAUGCCGUGCUCCUCGCUGCCGGCUGCCAGGUCUGCCCCGCCGAGAUCACCCAGCCCAACAACCUCGUCCUUUCGGACCUCAGCAGUGGCAGGGGAGCAGGGAAGUGUGUCGAUGGCAUAUCCGGCACUCGAGAUUACUCGGUGGCGGGGGAAGGCAAGGCUGCGAGGGUGAGUGUGGCGGGCAACUGCCUGGCGCUCAGCCCGGACGCGGAGUGCGCAGCCAACGCCACCCAGCGCAGCACGGCAGCCUGCCAGGCGUUCUUGCAGCAUCACGGACAACGGCCCGUACUACUUACUGUAACCCUUGCUCUCACCUCCUCCGCUCUCUCCUUCCCCCUCGUUGCUCAACCACCCCUCGGCAGUGUCCUCGCUCUCCACGGGCGCCAUGGUGGGCAUUGCUGUGGGCUGCUUUGCUGGCUUCGUUCUGCUGGCUGCUGUGCUCUCAUGCCUGCUGUGGCCCCGUGGACCAAGGAAGUGGGAGGGCUGGACGUGUGUGAGCAGUACACGCUGCAGCAGAUGGUGAAGGCCACAGACAACUGGGCCAAGGGCAACGUGCUGGGCAAGGGAGCAUUUGGCAUCGUGUACAAGGGGUGCUCGCCACAGGGGCAGACAUGGGCCAUCAAGCGCUCCACUGUGAUGACCAACGACUUUGAAAUGGAGGUGCGGGCCAUGGCGUCUCUCCACCAUGUGAAUCUGGUGCGGCUGCUGGGCUUCUGCCAGGAUCUGAACGUGGAGACGGGCAAUCAGGAGCAGAUCCUGGUGUACGAGUUUGUGGCUAACGGAGACUUGCAGCACCACAUUUACAGGAGCGAGAACCCUCUUUCGCUGGGGGACCGACUGCGAAUCGCGCAAGGAGCCGCGGAGGGGCUGGCAUACCUGCAUGGGUUUGCGACGCCCAUCAUUCACCGCGACAUCAAGCCCGCCAACAUCCUCGUGACGGCCGACAUGCAAGCCAAGGUGGCUGACUUUGGGCUGCUCAAGCGGAUCACUCACGGGGAGGAUAAUCAGACCAGGGUGGCCGGCACUCCCGGCUAUGUGGACCCUGAGUACAACCGCACACGCGGUGGUUACCACCAAGAGCGAUGUCUUCAGGCUGUUUUGCUGCUUGAACUUACCCACAACUACUCUCUUGCUUGCAGCUUUGGCAUUGUGCUUCUGGCACUGGUGACUGGCAGGCCCCCUCGGGCAACCAAGAUGGUGGAGGACUAUCAGGUGAUUGGCAUGAAGGAUAGCAAGCUAGACGCAACUGAAGAGGCCGUUCUUGCCAUUGUAGACCUCGCUCUCGACUGCAUCAAAUCGCCAGGUGCUCGCAGGCCUGACAUGAAGGACAUUGCAUACCGCCUCACAGCGCUCAUUGAUAAGUACUGCUCGGACAAGCAGUCAGAAGUAGAGGAAGUAACGGGUAAAGCAGUAGAUGAGAUUCCCUCCGACUCUUCUGCAGGGACUGGCACAAUCUCACAGACUUCCACCAUGAGUCUUGGAUCUUUUAUGAAUGGCAUGGGUAGCUGGCUGGAGAAGGGGCCAAGCUGA